AUGUGGAAUUGUCAGCACCGUGCCAUUGAACCGGCUAAAAUUAAGGAGUUGGUAGCCGAGAAAGCGUCACAGUUUGCCAACUUUGCCCAGCAUGAUGCGCAUGAGUUCCUUUCAUUUUUGCUGGAUGGCCUUCAUGAAGACCUCAACAGGGUGAAGUCAAAGCCUGUAACUGCAACGGUUGAAGGAGAUGGACGAUCCGAUAUUGAUGUAAGUCACAUG